AUGUCGAACAGGCCGUUGUGCUUGCUCGCUCUGGAUGGCGGAGGCAUCCGAGGCCUCUCUGAGCUUCUUAUCCUCGAAGAGAUUAUGUCACGAAUUAAAACCGACUUGGAUAUGGACGAGGACCCUCUCCCGGCCGACUUUUUUGACUUGAUCGGCGGCACGUCCACUGGGGGCCUUAUUGCCCUUCUACUCGGACGCCUGCGCCUUUCGGUGCCACAGGCAAGGCGGGAAUACGUCAAGAUCGCAAAUGAGGUCUUCUCUAUCAAACGGUUCUUCGACAAGUCCAAGUUCGACGGGAAAACGUUGGAAAUGGCCGUAAAGCAGGUUCUCCAGAAGACGCUUGGUCCUGGGCGCGAGUCGGAAAGAAUGCUGGAUCGCGCCAAACCCACCUGCGGCGUGUUCGUGUCCGCUGUCUUACAGCAAGAUACCCAGGCUCGGGCCGGCCCGACCCUCUUCCGAACGUACAAAGUACGAGAACAUGCCACAUACGACUGCACAAUCUGGGAAGCGAGUCGUGCCACGUCGGCCGCGCCCGCGUAUUUUGAUGCCAUUGCUAUUGGGGAGCCCGGCGAGGAGGAGGUUUAUAUCGAUGGCGGGCUCGGGUACAACAACCCCAUCGAACAGGUGCUCGAGGAAGCGCGACGACAGUUUCCCCUGCGCAAGGUGGCUUGCAUUGUCAGCAUUGGCACGGGCCUCGCUCGCGAGAUCCGGUUCCCGGACACGCCCAAGACAAACUGGUCGAAGCUGGUCCACGCGCUGAAGAAGAUGGCCACGGAGUCGGAUACAACCGCCGAGCGCGUCCAGGCGCGGUACCGCGAGGCGCACGACACGUACUUCCGCUUCAGCGUCGACCGUGGUCUCGACAACAUCGACCUGGCUGAAUGUGAAAAGAUUUCCGAUGUGCGAACCUAUACGACUGGCUAUAUGCGCCAAACGGUGGUGUCCGCCCAAAUCAAUUCCGUUGUCCGGGCCUUACUAGCAUCGAAGGCGGAGCCAGGUCCAGAUACAUCCACAUCCAUGAUCCCUGUCUCGACUCCCACGUCGGCUUCUGUCUCUGGGGCGGCUGGUUCUCAGAGACCGCCGCAGAUGCUUCCUUGGAAUUCCACUAGCGAAACAAUGACCGACAUCCAUUACAAAGUCGAAGACGUUGUUCCCACGACAAAGGUUCGUGCCUGGUCGGUCCCGUUCGAAAAGAACCCAGACUUCACGGGCCGCGAGUCGGAAUUCAAAAAGCUUCGUAACGCUCUUUUCACAAAGGAGCAGACAGCCAAGGUGGCCGUCGCCGGCCUGGGUGGGAUCGGCAAGACACAGCUAGUACUGGCCAUGGCCUAUCAUAUACGAGACGAAUUCAAGGACUGUGGUGUCUUGUGGAUGCCAUGCACUAGCCGAGAAAGCAUCGAAAAGGCCUUUGCCGUUGCCGCCAAGGAGCUCAACAUACCCGGCGCCGAGAGCGACAAGGCGGACGCAAAGGCACUCGUGCGGGACCACUUGAGUAAAGAGAGUGCAGGCCGGUGGCUCUUGGUGUUUGACAACGCCGACGACAUCAGCGUAUGGUUUAACCAGGCGGCCGGGGAGUCUGGCCGCCUGAUUGACUAUCUCCCAAAAAGCCAGCACGGAUCCAUCAUCUUUACGACGCGUGUUAAGAAGGAGGCAGUACGACUUACCGGUCGGAACAUAAUCGAAAUGUCAGCAAUGGACGAAGACGGCGGCAAGCAGUUGUUACGAAAUUACUUACUUGACAAGGACCUCGUCGACAACCGAGAAGAUACGGCGGCCUUGCUCGCGCGGCUCACGUACCUCCCGCUGGCCAUUGUUCAAGCCGCGGCAUACAUCAACGCGAACAACAUCAGCUUACGAGACUAUCUGUCACUCCUCAACGAGCAAGAAGAGGAGGUGAUUGAUCUCCUGAGCGAGGAUUUUGAAGACGAAUGGAGAUAUCGCGACGUGCAGAACCCAGUGGCCACAACCUGGCUUGUCUCCUUCGGGCAGGUCCGGCAGCGCGACCCUCUUGCAGCGGACUACUUAUCCUUUAUGGCUUGCGUAGAUGCAAAAGACAUCCCGCCGUCGCUUCUUCCGCCCGGCCCGUCACAGAAGAAGGUGAUAGACGCGAUCGGCACCCUACAAGGCUACUCGUUCGUCGCGAAACGGUCUACAGACUCGGCGAUCAAUAUCCAUCGACUGGUGCACUUGGCGACGAGGAACUGGCUCCGGAAAGAGGGGCUGCUGGCCGAUUGGACCCUCAGAGUCAUCGCAAGACUAGCGGAGGUAUUAACGCCUAUCAACCAGGAAAACAAAGAAAUAUGGAGGCCAUUAAUGCCGCAUGCAUAUCACACGCUCGGGAUAAGCCGCGGCAACGAAGAAGUUAAAGAAUACGUUGACUUAUUAUUGCGGUAUGGUAUUUGUCUCUACUCUGAUGGGCGGUAUAACGAAGCAGAAAUACCGUGUAAAAAAGUGAUGGAGACUCGCAAGACGCAACUCGGGGUCGACCAUCCCGAAACGUUAAAAAGUAUGGGACACGUUGCGUGUACAUAUUGGCAUCAGGGCCGGUGGGACGAGGCCGAAAAGCUGGAUGUGCAGGUGAUGGAGACUCGUAAGACGCAACUCGGGGUCGACCAUCCCGAAACGUUAAAGAGUAUGACUCACCUUGCGAUGACGCUUUGCAGUCAAGGCCGGUGGGACGAGGCCGAGAAGUUGGAGGUGCAGGUAAUGGAGACGAGUAUGAAGAAGCUCGGGGCCGACCAUUUCAUUACGAUAAUGAGUAUGAGCAGCCUUGCGUCUUCGUUUUGGAAUCAGGGCCGGUUGGACGAGGCUGAGAAGCUUGAGGUGCAGGUAAUGGAGUCUCGUAAGCGGAUACUCGGGGCUGACCACCCCUACACGUUAACGAGUAUCACCGACCUUGCGUUGACGAUUGGGGAUCAAGGCCGGUUGGACGAGGCCGAGAAGUUGGAGGUGCACGUAUUAGAGACGAAAAAGACGGUACUCGGGGCCGACCAUCCCGAAACUUUAGCGAGUAUGUACAACCUCGCUUUUACUUGGAAGUCACAAGGUCGUGAUAUAGAGGCCUUGGCAUUGAUGAAGGAUUGUGCUUUAGCUCGUCAGCGAACACUUGGCCCAGAGCAUCCAUAUACUAUAGUAUCCAUGGAUACUCUGGAAGAAUGGAGUUAG